AAAGACGAAGGCGGAUGUGAGCAACCGGGAAUCAUCUCUGCUUGUGCGAAGAAGACGUAACCCGGAAGUGAUCAUCGUCCGGCCGGCACCAGGUCAUCGCAUCCACGGGUCUCGCACAUGUUUGGAAGAAAACAAGUUAAAAGAUCAUGACGUCAUUAGCCCACCAGCUGAAGCGGCUGGCGCUGCCUCAGAGUGACCCCGACCUGCUGACACGAACAGAGGUCGCGUCGCUCCUCUUUGACCCCAAAGAAGCAGCCACCAUCGACAGGAGCACCUUUUACGCUCUCGGCUGCACGGGGCUGGAGGAACUUCUGGGGAUGGAACCGGCGUUCUCGGAGUUCCAGGAUUCUUUGUUUAGCCGGGCCUCGGUAACGCUGGAACGGAGCGUCCAGUCUAAGGAGGUCAACCAGAAACUGGACGCUGACGUCGCUCUGUUCCUCACCCGCCUGUCCCCGUACUUCCUCCUCAAACCGGCGCACAAGUGCAUCGAAUGGCUGGUUCAUCGCUUCCACGUCCAUCUGUACAACCCUGACAGCCUGCUGGCUUGCGUGCUGCCGUACCACCACACCAACACCUUCGUCAGAGUGCUGCAGCUCCUCAAAAUCAAGGACGCCACAAACCGCUGGAACUGGUUACAUCCUCUCCAGAAACCAGGUGUGAAGCUGGCCAAAGGCACGCUGAUCACCCACUGCUACUCGGACCUGAGCUUCAUGGACUUCAUCUGCACCAUGGUCACCGCCUCCAUUAAGGCUUACACGGGACAUUCAAAAAGCUUCUCGCAGCUCCGAGUGGUCUUCUCCUUCUACGCCUCCACCAUCGUCGCCGCUCUGGACGCCGUUGACAAAGUGUCCGACGCCAUUGUUUCCAAAUUGUUGCCAUACGUGCAGAAGGGGCUGAAGUCGAGGCUGGCGGACUACAAGGCGGCCACCUACAUGGUGGUGUGUCAGAUGGCGGUGAAGGUGGUGAUGGAGGCCGGUCUCAUCGACACGCUGGCCGUGCACGUCAGCAAGUCUCUGCUCAAAGAACCUGUGUUGGCCAAAGAGGGGCUGGGCUGCCUCGUCGUGCUGCUCCAGAGCCAGAAGGAUGGCGCGGCUGGGUCCAGAUUCUGCGGCUGUGUGUGCUCCAUGCCGACGCUGGCGUCCACCCUGCAGAUCAUGGCGGACACCCACGACGUCAGUCCUCUUCUGCGCUACCUGCUGCCUCACCUGGUCCACGCCGUGUUCAGCAGCUCAGAUGAGACGGACGUCUCGGGUGUGUUGGAGUCGCUGGUGCAGUCUGUCCCUCUGACCAAAGGCCUGGACAAACGUCUCGCUCGUUUGCUCCUGGAUGAUUACAUGAGUCAGACGGAGCUCAGCGAGGAAGACGUCUCCGCCCUCAACAAGCGACUUCAGCCGCUCGUCCGACUGUUUGAGUCCAAGUACUGCUUGGCUUUAGACGGCGUGCUCUCGGGUCAUGUGACCGACAUCAGCAGCUCAGAGCAGAAGCGCCUCUUCCAUCACUUCCUCUCUGUGUCCAUGAGCAGCGGAAAAUUCCAGAUUGUGGGGGACUCGGACACGUCGCUGCUGCUCAGCUUGAAUCACCCGCAGGCUUCGCUCCGAGUCUCGGCGCUCCAGCACCUGAAGAGCGUCGCUGCCUCCGGGCAGAGUUUGGAUCAAGACUUCCUGAAAGACGCCAUCUUGGAGCGCUUGAAGGACGACGUGCUGGAAGUGGUCACCGCGGCUGUCCAAACCUUAGAGGUCAGCCAGGCGGUGCUGGAUGUUCUGGACUCUGAGGAGACUGUGUCGUCUUUAUUGUCUCUGCUGCAAAGACUCGAUCAGCCUGAGGCCGACAGCUGGCUGCCGGUUUUAACAGAAUCGGUGCGUUUACUGUCCGAAUCCCCGCUGGGAAAGGGGGCCGACGAGGUGGUGCAGAAGAUCAGCUGGGGGCUCGUGCCUUUCCUGGUGGUCACCACCUCGUGUCUGGACUCCGCCCAGGUGCGCCUCGCACGCCAGGUCGCCGAGUGCUCAGUCCUCGCCCAACACCCGCUCACCCUGAACUGGGCCAAAGAACUGCGUCAAGUGGUUAAGCGCAGCUCAAAAAACAAUUUCGCCGAUUUGGCCAACGAGCGACUGGUCUCAACUCUGAACAAGAACCUGGCCAGCAUGGAGCUCUUCUCCAAACGAGACGCUCUGCAGAAGUUGGGUCAGUUGGGGGAGCGGCACUGUGGUUCUGGUGUAAGAGGGUCCACGUUCUUCCUGGUGAUAACGCGGAUGCACCUGCUGGGCCUGGACCAGCUGGGCGAGACUGAACACCUGCUGACUGCACAAAGGGUCUACGCCAAUUUGGAGGCGCCGCUGAUGGAACUUGUCAAGAACCACGAGGACGAGGAAGCGCCACCUGUCGCCUUGGUCCCGGCGUCUUUCACCGAGGCACUGAGCUUGUACCUGAGCAGCCGCGCACAGCAGCGAGACGCCGAGUACCGUCUCGUUUUGCUUUCUCUGCUGCGAGACUUCAUCUCGUCUCUCAGGUGUCACGACGACACCUUCAAAGCUGCCAUGUGGUGGAACCCGGAGAAGUUAGACACCAACACCUGCUGCUACCUGAGUCUGGUCGCACGUCUUUUUGCGGUUGUCCUCGACGGCGCCGGCGAGGGGCCGACCGCGGGCAGCUUUCGGGAGUUCAUGAAGCUGCUGGUCAAGGUUCACCUGUGCGACACAGUGAUGCUCUUCAGGUUCCUGUGUGUGCUGUGGGGCUACAGCAGUAACCACGGAGACCAGCUCGGCGUGAAGGUGGGCGCCGUCCUGCAGACCCGGGCUCUCUACAUGGGCGGAGCUUUGCUGAGCGCCCAGCCUGCCGCCACGCUCGCCAAGCUGGCAGCCGCCGACUCACCUGUGGUCCCGUCCUUGCUGUGCUGUCUCACCUCUCCAUUUCGGGAGGUCCGGAGGGCCGCCCUCAGCGCUCUGGAGAGCCUACCAGGUGCUGGCGCCACUCCCUUCCAACCGAUCAUAGACAAGCUUCUAAAGAUCUCCGAGGAGAUUGUUGCCGACCCCUCGUACUUGAGCACAGCUCUGGGGCAGCUUCAGGACCAGUGCGAGUCCACUAAGAAGAAGUCGUCGCUGCAGGCCUCCAUGCGUCACUUGAUGCUGAGCAUUCAACAGCCCUGCUGUCCGUCCUAUACCGGGGCCUGCCUGCUGGGGGCGCUGAACCACGUCGACGGGCAGGAUGUCCUAUCGACACUGCUUCCUGUCCUGGACCGGCUGCUCCACAACAACCCGGACACCUCCACCCUGCUGCGGGACGAGGCCCGGCUGCUGCAGCUGGUCCUGGGCAAGUACAACCCAGCCUCUGCCCCUCUGCUGGCGGCCGACCAGAACUGCCUGGAUCUCUUCAUCAGAGCCCUGAGGACCCCCACUCCGGUGUUCCCGGGCGUGCCCAGCUGCCAGAUCUUAGCUCUGGACCAGAUCACAAAGCCUUUCUUCAGCGCCCUCGGAGAUGAGAAAGUCCAACACAAACUGCUGGCGGCCAUGUUUGACCUGCUGGUGGACAACAACAGCGCGCUGAUUUCCAACGCCGUCGGCGGCGCCUUCAAAUCGAUUGCCGUGGAUUGCCAGCUGGUGGCCAACGAGCUGGCGCCGCCAGAAAAAGCCAAGGUGGGCGUGACAGUGCAGCAAACGCGAAGGAGCAGAAUGUUGCAGAGGAAACCCGAAGGUGGCGGUGAUGCCGCUCGAGAAGGGGACGGCGUUUCCUGGCACCGAGUCACUCUGAUCCUGGAGAUGCUGCAGCACAAGAAGAAGUUGAAGCGAGCCCAGACGUUGGUGCCCGUUCUCUUCUCGCUGUUGGCCAGGAGUCUGGAGGCGUCUUCCGUGGAUCGGGCCAACAUGGAGUACGCCAAGCAGCUGCUGCUCGGCUGCCUGCUCAACAUCUGCAACAAAUUGGCGCCUGACGGACGACCCGCUGGACCAGACUUCCUGGAUGAAGACAAGUUCAGCGUGGAGUUGGUGGUCCAGUGUGUGCGAGUGUCCGACGUGCCACAAACCCACCAUCACGCUCUGCUGCUGCUCGGCGCCAUCGCCAACAUUUUCCCUGAGAAGGUUCUGCACAACAUCAUGUCCAUCUUCACCUUCAUGGGCUCCAACAUCAUGCGACUGGACGACUCCUACAGCUUCAGAGUCAUCGACAAGACUGUUGAGAUGGUGAUCCCCGCUCUGAUCCAGGCCAGCAGCCUAUCAGGUUCAUCGGCUCACAUCGACGCCGUGGUGACCAGGAUUGUGCACGUGUUUGCCGACGCGCUCCCUCAUGUUCCCGAGCAUCGGCGGCUGCCCAUCCUCUCUAAGCUGGUGACCACGCUGGGCCCAGACCGCUUCCUCUGGGUCCUAAUGCUCCUCCUGUUCAAGCUCCACGUCACUCAGGUCGCCAGCUCGCAGAGUGAAAAGGAAGAAGCUCUGGAGCGAGAUGUCGACUUCUGGAUCUCAGUGUGUUGUCACUUUGAGGUGUCUGAGCAGCUCACGUCUCUCAUCAACAUCCUCAACUUUCUCAUGCAGCUGCCGGAUGACAAGGACGAGGCUGCCACAAAACACCCUCGAGGAGCGCAGAAGAAGAAGAAGAAGAAGAAGGAAGAGGAGGAAGAAGAGGUGGAGGAGUUGAUCUUCAGUGUGGACGCUCACAGCAGCAAAGAUGUCAGACACUUCAAGUUCCUCUCAGUCUCCUUCUUGGCUCAGCUGCUGGCCUCAGACUCUUUCAUUGGGAAGGUGGCGGACGUGCGCGAGGAUGACGGCGCUGCACUUCUCCAGAAGCUUCAGCAGCGGCUGCUGGAGGAGAACCUGCGUUACAUCAACGCCGUCGCUCGCUGCGUGGAGGACAACGCCGACAAACCCACCGCAAAGUUCUGGAGAGUUCUGCUGAACAAAACCUACGACGUCCUGGAUAAGGUGAACGCCCUGUUGCCCGCCGACACCUUCAUCACGGUGAUGAGAGGGCUGAUGGCCAACCAGCUGGCGUCCGUCAGGAGGAAGGCCAUGGAGCUGCUCAACAACAAACUGCAGCACAGGACGCAGUGGGCGGAGCGACAGAUCACCGCUCUCUUAGAGCUCAUCAGCGACCUCCUCGCCGUGGUGGGCAAAAGUACCGGCGUGGCGGCGCAGGAAGCGGCGGCGGCGGAGCAGACCGUCAACCGGCAGACGGCGCUCUACAGCCUCAAGCUGCUCUGCCGCAACUUUGGCUCCGCCCACCAGGAGGCGUUCCUCCCCGUCCUUCUGCACACCACGGAGGUGGCCUCGUCGCCGCAGGAGGAGAAGAACGUGAUGGCGAGCGCCUUGCUCUGCGUCGCCGAGGUGGUCGGCGCCCUCAAAGCCCUCGCCAUCCCGCAGCUGCCCAGGUUGAUGCCGGCCGUGCUGCACGCGCUGAGCGACAGGAAGGAGCUGCUGACCAACGAGAUCUACCUGCUGAGCGCCGUCACCGCCCUGCACCGCGUCACCGAGACCCUGACGCACUUCAUGAGCCCGUACCUGCAGGACACCACCAUACAGGUCUGUCGGCUGACGCCCGCGCUGGAGGAUUCUCCGUCCUCCUCGUCCAGCCUGGUGUCCGUGCGGCUCCACUCCCUCAGGAGCUGCCUGGCCACCAAGCUGCCCCCCAGGGUCCUACUGCCCGUCCUCACCAGGUGCUUCAGCGUCCUGGUGGUGGACAGGAAGGUGAGCCGGGAAACAUUUCCACGCCGAGCAGGCGCUGACCUGGGGGCUUCCUCACAGGGCCAGCUGGGGGCGCUGAUGAGCAUCCUGAAGGAGCACAUCAGUCACAUGGAGCGAGAUCAGCUCAACUUCCACCAAUCAGAGCUCACCGCCUUCUUCCUCGCCGCACUCGACUUCCGAGCCGACCACUGCCAGGGCCACCUGGCGAGCACGGCGCAGGUCGAGGGCAGCGUGAUCGACUGUCUGGUCGCCAUGGUGAUGAAACUGUCCGAGGUCACGUUCCGGCCGCUCUUCUUCAAGCUGCUGGACUGGAGCAAGUCCGGGAGGAAAGAACGCCUGCUGACCUUCGUCACGCUCGCCGACUGCAUCGCCCAGCGCCUCAAAGGUCUCUUCGUCCUGUUCGCCGGGAACCUGGUCAAGCCCUUCGCCGACCUGCUGCAGCAGACCAACGUCUCCAAGACGGGCCAGCAGUUGUUUGAGGGUGAUGGCGGCGUGGAGAAGACGGACCUGCUGCUCUGUGGCGUCCUGGACUGCAUGCACAAGAUCUUCCUGUACGACAAUCAGCACUUCCUGAGCAGGGAGCGAGCAGACGCCCUCAUGGCGCCGCUGGUGGACCAGCUGGAGAACGGCGUGGGCGAGUACCAGCAGAGGGUGACCCAGCACCUGCUGCCAUGUGUGGGUCAGUUUGCUGUGUCGCUGGAUGAUGACACUCAGUGGAAAAGUCUCAACUACCAGGUCCUGAUGAAGAGCCGACACUCUGACGCCAAGGUGCGCUUCUCCUCGCUGCUCAUGCUGACGGAGCUGGCGGCCAAGCUGAAGGAGAACUACAUGCUGCUGCUUCCUGAAACCAUACCCUUCCUGGCAGAACUCAUGGAGGAUGAGUGUGAGGAGGUGGAGCAGCAGGUUCAGAAGGUGAUUCAGGAGAUGGAGAACAUCCUGGGAGAACCUCUGCAAACUUACUUUUAACACACACACACACACACACACACACACACACACACACACACACACACACACACACACACACACACACACACACACACACACACACACACACACACACACACACAC